GCCCGGCCCGCUCCUCCCUGCGAGUCGCCCCUCCCCGCCGCGGCGCCGGAGGAGGGCGGGGCGAUGCCCCUCGGGUCAGUCUCUGCCUCCGGCACCGGCCGCGCAGCUGGAAGCGGCUGAGCUGAAGCCCCAGCCAUGGCUGCCAUUCGAAAGAAGCUGGUGAUCGUGGGGGAUGGGGCCUGUGGGAAGACCUGCCUCCUCAUCGUCUUCAGCAAGGAUCAGUUCCCAGAAGUCUAUGUCCCUACUGUCUUUGAGAACUACAUCGCAGACAUAGAGGUGGACGGCAAGCAGGUGGAGCUGGCUCUGUGGGACACAGCAGGGCAGGAAGACUAUGAUCGCCUGCGGCCUCUCUCCUACCCGGACACUGACGUCAUCCUCAUGUGCUUCUCCAUCGACAGCCCCGACAGCCUGGAAAACAUUCCUGAGAAGUGGACCCCGGAGGUGAAGCACUUCUGCCCCAACGUUCCCAUCAUCCUAGUGGGGAAUAAGAAGGACCUGAGGCAAGAUGAACAUACCCGGAGAGAGCUGGCCAAGAUGAAGCAGGAGCCUGUUCGAUCUGAGGAAGGCCGGGACAUGGCAAACAGGAUCAGUGCCUUUGGCUACCUUGAGUGCUCAGCCAAGACCAAGGAGGGGGUGCGGGAGGUGUUUGAGAUGGCUACUCGGGCUGGCCUCCAGGUCCGCAAGAAUAAGCGCCGGAGGGGCUGCCCCAUUCUCUGAGAUCCCCAAGCCUCCCCUCCUCCCCAACCUCCCUUCACAGGGGUGCAGAAACUCCCCCUGCCCCCAGCAGCCCCACCGUAUUAGGGAUCCCUGCUGAAGGCUCCCUUUCCCAAUUCCCUCCUGCCCAGGACUGCAUCGCGCUUCCCCAGUUCUGAUGGUGGUGGCCGUAGGCCCCGUCUCAGCGCUCUGGGAACCAGAGCACAGUCCCUCCUCCUGUUGCCUUGGUCCAGGGGUGGGGCUCUUGAUCCCUUUGGCCUCCCCCAGAGGAUCAUCACACCAGCACUUUAUACACUUCUGGCUCACAGGAGAGUAUCUGGGGUAGGGGACUUGGAGGGUGUAACCCAGAGUCCCGGGCCCCUGGUGUUUCUGCUUUGGGCAGGGGCCUUGCAUCUGGCUGUACUUGGUGUGAGGCAUGAAUAAAGGCCACAGGCUCCAACAUG